GUCUUUAGCGGCAGUAGUGUCAGAAGUUCUUCUGACUUUCCUCCCACCAAGUUUCCGGGUGCCAGUGUGUGGCCGUUACUAAGCAACCGCGAGUUAGCAGCAGUAAACCAGGGAUAGAGGAAGAAAGCUACCAAAAUCAAGCCUCUGAAUUUAAGAUGUUAUUCUGUAUCUCUGGAUAAUUAUUCCGAUUUCUGGCUCUGCUUCUUCGCUGUUGCUUAAUUUCGGUUUACCAGCGAUAAGCAAGGCAACAAAACGAUGUCAACACAAGAGCAACAAGCUAACAUCGGCAAAGUCCUCAGCUUUCUUCGGGAAUGGGACCGCAGUGACAUGAGGGUCCGCGGUCGCAUGUUGAGCACCUUUGUGACUCAAAACACGGGGAAGACGUUUUAUGAGCUGGAGCUGGAGUUUGCGCAGGUCGCCAGUCUCUUCCUAGCUCGACUUACCACAUGGAUGAAGCUCACAUACAUGUUAGGCACCUUCCUGGGACUUCAGCUGAAAGCACUUGGGAUUUUUCUGUCUGCUUCUUGUCAUGAUCAGUAUCUGAUGAACUUCCUGGAGGAUGGGGGAGUUCUCACUCUGCUGGACAUUUUGAGCCACUCUCAGAGCAAAGACGAUGACAAGGCCGGAGCCAUCAAACUUCUACUCACUGUCUCAAAAGCAGGUCGCAAGUACAAGGAGAUCAUCUGUGAAAGUCACGGUGUUAAAGUCAUAGGCGAGUGCCUGUCCACAUCAAACAGAGAUGAAACCAAAGAGGCAGCGUCGGUCCUUUUGGAGUCCCU